UAAUAAUUGGCGAAUUGAGACUUUGACAUUUUGCCCACACGGUUACACGAACAAAAUAUAUGGGGUCUUUGUUUCUGUAAUCUUGCUAUCAAGCAAGGUGAAUGAAAGUUUUUACGUAGAUUUUAAAAGCCUAGUGAUACCAGAAAACCAAGGUCCCGUUAAUAAAGCAUCGAACAGAUAAAAAUUUGUGACAACGAUCAGAAUGACUUCAUUAGCACCAACUAUUAAACUGAGCAACGGGCAACAUAUCCCAUCAAUCGGAUUGGGCACCUGGCGUUCACGUGAAUCAGACGCAGAACGCGCCGUGAAGGAUGCAAUUGAUUUAGGAUAUAGACAUAUCGACACUGCUUUCGUAUAUGAAAACGAAGACGAAGUUGGACGCGCAGUCAAUGCGAAAAUUGCGGAAGGCAAAAUUACACGCCAAGACAUUUUUAUAGUGACCAAAUUAGCUGGUAUUCAUCACGACCCCCAAUUGGUGGAAUAUGCCUGCCGCAAGAGCCUAACCAACCUGAAUUUAGAUUACAUAGAUUUAUACCUAAUGCAUUUUCCCGUCGGUCAAAUACAUAAAGGUGACGACAAUGUACACGGUACUUUGGACCUCUCUGAUGUAGACUACCUGGAUACUUGGCGGGCUAUGGAGAAGCUUGUUGAUUUGGGUUUAGUGCGUGGAAUUGGUCUUUCUAAUUUCAAUGCACAACAAACGGAGCGUGUAUUGCGAGAAUGCCGUAUUCGUCCCUUGGUCAACCAGGUGGAAUGUCACCCCGGCUUUAAUCAAAAGAAAUUAAUUGCUUUUUCUAAACAAAAUAACAUAGUUAUUACCGCUUAUUGUCCAUUGGCCCGGCCCAAGCCAGAUCAACAAUGGCCCCCAUUCCUAUACGACGCAAAAGCAAAAAAUUUAGCAAAAAAAUAUGGGAAAACGACAGCUCAGAUAUGUUUACGUUAUCUAUUACAGCUUGGAACAAUACCAAUCCCAAAAUCUGUUUCGAAAAGUAGAAUCGCGGAAAAUUUUGAAAUAUUUGAUUUUGAAUUGAGCGAGGAUGACAUGGAAAAUAUGGACGUAUACAAUACAGGACAACGAUUAAUACCUUUCUCUGGCAUGAGUCACCACAAGUACUUUCCUUUCAAUUCGGAUUUUUAGCAUACUUAUUUAUCCCAUACUGAUUAUCUGUGUUCUUAGAAAAAACCGGAUAAGAUUAUUAUUUUCAAUUCUCAGGAGUUCUAAUGAAAUUUUAAAAUUUUAUACGAGUCUGUGAAAAAAUUGUAGA